GGGCGGCCGCGGCGGUGCCGGGGCGCCGCUGCGAUGGGCACCUGUACAUCUCACUAGAAGUGACUGGGCCGCCUCUGCCGGAGAGAUAGAGCUUCCCGGAUCCGAGGCGGAAAGGCGGGGUCGCGCGGCCGCUUCAGGCGUUGCUCCCUGCGGCGGGGCGGAGCGUUCGCCCCGGGCCCCAGUCCCAGAUUGGAAUGAAUGGGCGAGCGGCGGACUGCUGACUAGCGUCGGUCUUCCCCCUAGUGCGGCGUCGGCAGCGCGGAGCGGCGAGGGCCCGGGGGCAGGAUGAACCGGGCUAAGCCCACCGCUGUCCGCAGGCCCAGCGCUGCGGCCAAGCCUUCGGGUCACCCUCCACCAGGAGACUUCAUUGCUCUGGGCUCAAAGGGUCAGACCACUGAGUCGAAAACAGCCUCUACCCUGCUGAAGCCUGCCCCUUCCGGCCUGCCCUCGGAGCGGAAGCGCGAUGCUGCGGCUGCGUUGGCGGGUGCCUCAGCCCUGCCCGGGCUCACCAAGCGCCCCAAACUCUCCUCCACGCCCCCACUGAGUGCCCUGGGACGCCUGGCUGAGGCUGCAGUUGCAGAGAAGCGUGCCAUCUCUCCCUCGAUUAAAGAGCCGUCCGUGGUCCCGAUUGAAGUCCCACCGACGGUGCUGUUGGACGAGAUUGAGGCGGCCGAGCUGGAGGGCAAUGAUGACCGGCUGGAGGGCGUGCUGUGCGGGGCCGUGAGGCAGCUGAAGGUGACGCGGGCCAAGCCGGACAGCGUCCUGUACCUCAGUCUCAUGUACCUGGCCAAGAUGAAGCCCAACAUCUUCGCCACGGAGGGCGUCAUCGAGGCCCUGUGCAGCCUCCUGCGGCGGGACGCCUCCAUCAACUUCAAGGCCAAGGGCAACAGCCUGGUGUCUGUGCUGGCCUGCAACCUCCUCAUGGCCGCAUAUGAGGAGGACGAGAACUGGCCCGAGAUCUUCGUUAAGGUGUACAUUGAAGACUCCCUAGGGGAGCGAAUCUGGGUGGACAGCCCGCACUGCAGGACCUUUGUGGACAACAUCCAGACGGCUUUCAACACCAAGAUGCCCCCCAAGGGUGUGCUCCUGCAGGGGGAGGCGGGGCGUGGCGGAGGGGACCUCAGUGCUGGGAGCAGCCCACACCCGUCCCUCACGGAAGAGGAGGACAGCCAGACGGAGCUCCUGAUCGCCGAGGAGAAGCUCAGCCCUGAGCAGGAGGGCCAGCUCAUGCCCAGGUACGAGGAGCUGGCGGAGAGCGUGGAGGAGUACGUCUUGGACAUGCUGCGCGACCAGCUCAACCGCCGGCAGCCCAUCGACAGCGUCUCGCGGAACCUCCUGCGGCUGCUCACCUCCACCUGCGGCUACAAGGAGGUGCGGCUGAUGACGGUGCAGAAGCUGGAGAUGUGGCUGCAGAACCCCAAGCUGACGCGGCCCGCCCAGGACCUGCUCAUGUCCGUGUGCAUGAACUGCAGCACGCACGGCGCCGAGGACAUGGAUGUCAUCUCCCACCUGAUCAAGAUCCGCCUCAAGCCCAAGGUCCUGCUGAACCACUACAUGCUCUGCAUCAGGGAGCUGCUGAACGCGCACAAGGACAACCUGGGCACCACGAUCAAGUUCGUGAUCUUCAACGAGCUCUCCAACGCGCGGAACCCCAACAACAUGCAGAUCCUGUACACCGUGCUCCAGCACAGCUCCGAGCUGGCACCCAAGUUCCUGGCCAUGGUGUUCCAGGACCUACUGACCAACAAGGACGACUACCUGCGGGCCUCCCGGGCUUUGUUGCGUGAGAUCAUCAAGCAGACCAAGCACGAGAUUAACUUCCAGGCCUUCUGCCUCGGGCUCAUGCAGGAGCGCAAGGAGCCUCAGUACCUGGACAUGGAGUUCAAGGAGCGCUUCGUGGUGCACGUCACGGACGUGCUGGCCGUGUCCAUGAUGCUUGGCAUCACCGCCCAGGUGAAGGAGGCUGGCGUCGCCUGGGACAAAGGAGAGAAGAAGAAUCUCGAGGCGCUGCGCUCCUUCCAGACCCAGAUCGCCGCGAUCCAGCGGGACGCUGUGUGGUGGCUGCACACCGUCGUGCCCUCCAUUAGCAAGCUCGCCCCCAAGGACUAUGUGCACUGCCUCCAUAAGGUUCUCUUCACGGAGCAGCCCGAGACCUACUACAAAUGGGACAACUGGCCGCCCGAGAGUGACCGCAACUUCUUCCUCCGCCUCUGCUCAGAGGUGCCCAUCCUGGAGGACACGCUGAUGCGCAUCCUGGUCAUCGGGCUCUCACGGGAGCUCCCGCUGGGCCCUGCCGAUGCCAUGGAGCUGGCCGACCACUUGGUGAAGCGGGCUGCGGCCGUGCAGGCCGACGACGUGGAAGUGCUGAAGGUGGAGCGAGUGCAGCUGAUCGACGCCGUCCUGAACCUGUGCACCUACCACCACCCUGAGAACAUCCAGCUCCCGCCAGGGUACCAGCCUCCGAACCUCGCCAUCUCCACUCUCUACUGGAAGGCGUGGCCCCUCCUGCUGGUUGUCGCUGCGUUCAACCCGGAGAACAUUGGCCUGGCCGCCUGGGAAGAGUACCCCACGCUGAAGAUGCUCAUGGAGAUGGCAAUGACCAACAACUACUCGUACCCGCCCUGCACCCUGACGGACGAGGAGAGCCGUGCCGAGAUGAUCAGCCGGGAGCUGCAGGUCUCGCAGCGGGAGAAGCAGGAGAUCCUGGCGUUUGAGGGGCACCUGGCCGCGGCCUCCACCCGACAGACCAUCACCGAGAGCAGCAGCCUGCUGCUGUCCCAGCUCACCAGCCUCGAGCCCCAGUGUGUGAGGGGUGGGGUGGCUGUCCCAGAGACCGGGCCCCUCAGCGAUGGCUCCAGGGUGCAGAGAGCUGCCUCCGGAGUCCCCGCAGGUGGCGGGCCGUUGCGGGGGGGAGGGCGGCGGCGGGACUGACUAGGAAGAGCCAUGUGACUGCCGCCCGCCCAGGCUUCCUCGCAGUCCAUGCCCUGGCUGGCUGACCUGGUGCAGUCCAGCGAGGGCUCCUUGGACGUGCUGCCCGUCCAGUGCCUCUGCGAGUUCCUGCUGCAUGAUGCCGCCGACGAGCCCGCCUCAGGCGGGGAGGAGGAGGAGGGCGAGAGCAAGGAGCAGAAGGCCAGGAAGCGGCAGAGGCAGCAGAAACAGAAGCAGCUGCUGGGCCGCCUGCAGGACCUGCUGCUGGGCCCCAAGGCCGACGAGCAGACCACGUGUGAGGUGUUGGACUACUUCCUGCGACGGCUGGGCUCCUCGCAGGUGGCCGCCCGGGUGCUGGCCAUGAAGGGCCUGUCCCUGGUGCUCUCGGAGGGCAGCCUGAGGGACGGGGAGGAGAAGGAGCCGCCCCUGGAGGAGGACUCGGGCGACGCGGACGCGCUGCAGGGCUACCAGUGGCUGCUGCGGGACCUGCCCCGGCUGCCGCUCUUCGAGAGCGUGAGGAGCACCACUGCGCUGGCGCUACAGCAGGCCAUCCACAUGGAGACCGACCCGCAGACCAUCAGCGCCUACCUGGUCUACCUGUCCCAGCACACGCCCGUGGAGGAGCAGGGCCAGCACAGCGACCUGGCCCUGGACGUGGCCCGGCUCAUCGUGGAGCGCUCCACCAUCAUGUCCCACCUCUUCUCUAAGCGCUCCUGCAGCGCCGAGUCCGACGCGGUGCUGGCCGCCCUGCUGUCCAUCUUCUCCCGCUACGUGCAGCGCAUGCGCAAGAGCAAGGAAGGCGAGGAGGUCUACAGCUGGUCAGAGUCACAGGACCAGGUCUUCCUGCGCUGGAGCAGCGGGGAGACGGCCACCAUGCACAUCCUCGUGGUCCACGCCAUGGUCAUCCUCCUGACUCUGGGCCCGCCCCGUGCUGGUGACAGCGAGUUCCAGGCGCUGCUGGACAUCUGGUUCCCGGAGAAGAAGCCACUGCCCACGGCAUUCCUGGUGGACACGUCGGAGGAGGCGCUGCUGCUGCCUGACUGGCUAAAGCUGCGUAUGAUCCGCUCAGAGGUCCCACGGCUGGUGGAUGCCGCCCUGCAGGACCUGGAGCCGCAGCAGCUGCUGCUGUUCGUGCAGUCCUUCGGCAUCCCCGUGUCCAGCAUGAGCAAGCUGCUGCAGUACCUGGACCAGGCCGUGGCCCACGACCCCCAGACCCUGGAGCAGAACAUCAUGGACAAGAACUACAUGGCGCACCUGGUGGAGGUCCAACACGAGCGCGGGGCGUCCGGAGGCCAGACUUUCCACUCCCUGCUCACAGCCUCCCUGCCCGCCCGGCGAGACAGCGCAGAGGCGCCGAAACCCAAAAGCAGCCCGGAGCAGCCGCUGGGCCAGGGCAGGACCCGCGCCGUGACGCAGGUGCGAGUGCUGGGCCCGGAGGACGACCUGGCUGGCUUGCUCCUGCAGAUCUUCCCACUGAGCCCGGGCCCGCGGUGGCAGAGCUCCAGCGCGCGCCCUGCUGCUCUGGCGCUGCAGCAGGCCCUGGGCCGGGAGCUGGCGCAUGUCCGCCAGGGGAGCCCCGAGGUGCCGGGCGUCGCAGUGCGCCUCCUGCAGGCCCUCGCCACCCUGCUGAGCGCCCCGCACGGCGGGGCCCUGGCCCUGGCCAUGCACCGUGGCCAUGUCCUCACCUGCCCCCUGAUGCGCCAGCUCUGCCAGUACCAGCGCUGUGUGCCCCAGGACACCGGCUUCUCGUCGCUUUUCCUCAAAGUGCUCGCACAGGCCCUGCAGUGGCUGGACGGUCCCUCCGUGGAGGCCGGGCCCCUGCAGGCCCAGCUCAGACUGUUUGCUGCCCAGUGCUCGGCGCGGCGCCGGAUCAGCAACGUGCGGAGUGGAUUUUUGCACCUGGCGGAGGCCCUGACGUUCCGCGGGGACCCGGAAGCGGUCAGCUCCACUGUGCGUGCCAUCGUGGCCACCCUCAAGUCUGGGGAGCAGUGUGACGUGGAGCCCGAGCUCAUCAGCAAAGUCCUCCGGGGUUUGAUCGAGGCGAGGUCACCUCACUUGGAGGAGCUGCUGGCCGCGCUCUUCUCCACCGCGUCCGCCGUCCCAGCCUCAGGGCCCGUGGCGGUGGUCAGCUCGCUGCUGCUGCCUGAGAAGGAGGAGCCCCUGGUCCCAGGGAAGCAGGAAGCCGACAGCUGCAGCCAGGAGGCCGUGCGCCUGGGGCCCUGCUCGGGGCUGCUCGUCGACUGGCUGGAGAUGCUGGACCCUGAGGUGGUCGGCAGCUGCCCCGACCUUCAGCAGAGGCUUCUCUUCUCCCGGGGCAAGGGCAAAGGCCACCCUGGCCCCCAGGUGCCAUCUUUCCGCCCCUACCUACUGGCCCUGCUCACACACCAGUCCAGCUGGUCCACCCUGCACCAGUGUAUCCGCCUCCUGCUGGGCAGGGGCCGGGAACAGAGGUUUGACCCCUCGGCCUCCCUUGACUUCCUCUGGGCCUGCAUCCACGUCCCUCGGAUCUGGCAGGGCAGGGACCAGCGCACCCCACAGAAACGGCGGGAGGAGCUGGUGUUGCGGGUGCAGCCGGCCGAGCUCGUGGGGCUGGUGGAGCUGAUCCUGGCCGAGGCAGAAGCGCGCAGCCAGGACGGGGACGCGGGCGCCUGCGGGCUGCUCCAGGCACGGCUGCCCCUGCUGCUCAGCUGCUGCCGUGGUGGCGACGAGGGCGUCAGGAAGGUGACGGCACACUUGAUGGGCUGCGUCCAGCAGUGGGGCGACAGUGUCCUGGGCAGGUGCGGCCGUGACCUGCUAGUGCAGCUCUACCUGCAGCGGCCGGACUUGCGCGUGCCCCUGCCCGACGUCUUGCUGCAUAGCCAAGGGGCCGCCGGCAGCAGCGUCUGCAAGGGACCCAGCAGAGGGCGGCAUCUGGGGGUGUCCAGCCUGUGUUGUGAGGCUCCAGGAGGGGUGCGAGCGGGACCGGUGACACGGCCUCUGUCUCGGGCAGACCCGGCUCUGAGCGCUGCCUCACGAUGCCCUUUGCAGAACUAUCGGAAGUCCUCCCGCCACCUGGUGCCCUUCGCCAGCAAGUUCGUGCGGUUCACGCACAAGUACAUCAGCUGCAGCCCCGUGGCCGCCGUCGCCUUCUUGCAGAAGCACCUGAAUGUGCUCCAUGACCUGUCCCUUGACAGCAGCGACCUGGUGAUGCUUAAGUCACUCCUGGCAGGUCUCAGCCUUCCCAGCAGGGACGGUGGGGCUGACCGGGUCCUGGACGAGGAGGGUGAGGACGAGAGCUCAGCCGGCCCCCUGCCUUUGGUCAGUGUCUGCAUCUUCACCCCUCUGACCGCAGCCGAGAUGGCUCCCUACAUGAAGAGGCUGUCCAGGGGCCAGACGGUCGAGGAUCUGCUGGAGGUCCUGAGCGACGUGGACGAGAUGUCCCGGCGGAGACCGGAGAUCCUGGGCUUCUUCUCGACCAGCCUGCAGCGGCUCAUGAGCUCGGCUGAGGAGUCCUGCCGAAGCCUGGCCUUCAGCCUGGCCCUGCGCUCCAUCCAGAACAACCCUGGCAUCGCAGCCGACUUCCUGCCCACAUUCAUGUACUGCCUGGGCAGCCGCGACUUCGAGGUGGUGCAGACGGCCCUGAGGAACCUGCCCGAGUACACCCUCCUCUGCCAAGAGCACGCGGCUGUGUUACUGCACCGAGCCUUCCUGGUGGGCAUGUACGGCCAGAUGGACACCAGCGCCCAGAUCUCUGAGGCCCUGAGGAUCCUGCACUUGGAGGCCGUGAUGUGAGCCGAGUUUCAGAACCACCAAGGCGGGCCGCGGGCACUUGGAGCCCACACCCGGGCCCUGCUGGCAGUGGGGGGCUGCCCGCCCCAGAGGCUGUCCCGCCUGCGGCUGCUGGGGGUGCAGCCAGGGGAAGGGGUGCUGACAUCCUGCGGGUUCAAAUGAAACGUGCUGAAUUCCC